ACAGACUGACAGUCCUGGACCCUGGUCUCAGCCUUCCCUCGCACUCCUCCCAUGGCGAUCCCUCCCCGGAUCACGGCGGCCGGUGGCGGCGGCCGCAAGCCGAGGGUGCCGCCGCUCCCACCGGCGAGAACUCUCCUGACCGCCUUUGCCGCGGCGGCGGCGUUGGCUGUCCUUUGCCUCGUCUCCUCCUCCCCCACCGCCUCGCUGUCGGGUUCUUGGAGAUCCGGGGCUAGGAGCGGCGAGAAGUACCUUUACUGGGGCAGCCGCGUGGAUUGCCCCGGCAAACACUGCGGCUCCUGCGCGGGGCUCGGGCACCAGGAGUCCAGCCUCCGCUGUGCUCUCGAGGAGGCCCUUUUCCUCGGCAGAACAUUUGUGAUGCCCUCAAGAAUGUGCCUAAGUUCAGUGCAUAACACCAAGGGAGUUAUCCAAAGUGAUGCAACUACAAAACAGAGAUGGGAAGAAAGUUCUUGUGCAAUGGAAUCUCUAUAUGAUAUAGAUCAGAUCUCAAGAACAGUACCAGUUAUUCUGGACAACUCAAAAAGAUGGCAUGAUAUAGUAUCAAGAAGCAUGAAACUGGAAGUGGGAGGUGUGGCACAUGUGCAAGGAAUUAGCAGAGGUGAACUCAAACAAAAUCCCCUAUACUCAACAACUCUUGUAAUAAACCGCACUGCAAGUCCCCUUGCUUGGUUUAUGGAGUGCAAGGAUCGCAAAAACCGCAGCUCAGUGAUGUUAUCCUACAAGUUUUUGCCAAGUAUGCCAGCACAAAAAUUGAGGGAUGCAGCCAAUAAGAUGAAAGAAACACUCGGUGAUUAUGAUGCUAUUCAUGUGAGACGUGGCGAUCUAUUGAAAAAUAGGAAAGAUAGAUUUGGUGUCGAACGGAGCCUUCAUCCUCAUCUAGACAGAGACACCCGCCCUGAGUACAUCAGAAAAAGAAUUGCAAAAUGGAUUCCACCAGGUCGAACUCUGUACAUUGCAUCAAAUGAAAGAACUCCAGGCUUCUUUUCCGCUUUGUCAGACAGGUACAAGUUAGCAUACUCGUCCAACUUCAGUAGCAUAUUGGACCCAAUAAUUGAGAAUAACUAUCAGCUAUUCAUGGUAGAAAGGCUAAUGAUGCAAGGAGCAAAGACAUUUGUCAAGACAAUGAGAGAAUUUGACAGUGAUUUGACCCUCUGUGAUGAUCCCAAAAAGAACACCAAAGUCUGGCAAAAGCCAGUAUAUACAGAUGAUUGACGCUAGCUGGCCAUCGAAUGUGAUGCAGAGCUCCCUCUUUCAGCAACUUGACGGUCUGACAUGGACAGCUGAUUAAGCGUGAAGCUGGCAUGGUAGUGUUUGCUGUUAUUUGCAGAAGCCAACUAAAAUCAACCUGCAGCAGUGGAAAUUCCACCCAUGAUUCACCUCAGCACAUUUGUUCAUAUUACCACGUGUACUUAUAAUCUGGAACAAGCUAAAAGUGUUGACCUUUUUUUUUCCUAUUACUUUACAAUUAGGAUGUAUAGGUUACAAGCGAAGAUUUGUUUGCAGAUUUAGGAUGCAUACAUGUUACAUCCUUCUGUACAGUAUGUAAGAAUGAACCGGCACCGUGAGGCUUCUGUGUGGAAAAUAUCAUUAAUUGGUUGUUCUCUUUUA